AUGACACCUGAAGGUUUGUUGCGUAAAGAUGGAACACCACCUAAAGGAUCACUUUUAAAUCAAAUCCUUCCGCUGUUGAAAUCACAAGAUUUGGAAGGUCAAGAAUGUUAUUUACUAGUCAAAGCAAUGGACAAUAUUAUUUUACCAGAUGGAGGAUAUGGAUGGGUAAUAGUGCUUGUUGCAUUUAUGGUAAAUGUAACAACUAUUGGACAUAGUUAUACAUGGGGAAUAUUUCAAGAUUAUUAUUAUAAAAAUGUAUUCCACGAGCAAGUUUCUACCUCUGCCUUAUUCUUCAUCGGGACAAUAAGUAUAAGUUCUAUUUUCUCAUUAGGUCCAUUUUCCACCUAUCUAAUAGAUAGGUUUGGUCAUAAACCUUUGAUGAUUACUGGAACAAUACUUUUUGCAAUUUCUAACACAAUGGCAAGCUUUGCCGUAACUGUUUGGCAACUAUUCUUAACUCAAGGACUAUUAUGGGGUAUAUCAUGUUCGCUCGCAUUCUAUCCAUGUGUUGGAACACCUUCAUUAUGGUUCGUUAAGCGCCGAGGAUUAGCAAACGGCAUUGCUAUAGCUGGUGGUGGUGUUGGACCUUUGAUUUAUUCACCAAUAAUAUCCAAAUUAUUAUCUAUCGUUGGUCAUCAAUGGACAAUAAGAAUUUUUGGUUUAUGGGGAACUAUAUUAUUGUUAAUAUCAACAAAAUUUAUACACCUUCCGCCUAAUUACCAUUUAAGGAAUAAAAAUAAUGAUUUGUCAAAGAAACAACAGAUUUUAGAUUUAAGCUUAUUUAAAAUUCCUGAAUUUGUUGGAUUAGCUUUGGUUUCCUUAUUUGUUCCUUUUGGAUUUUUUGUACCUUUUUACUUAAUACCAUCAUUUGCCACACAUAUUGGCAUUUCGGAAGGAACCAGCGCUAUAAUUGUUGGUGUUGCAAGUGGAAUGAAUGCGUUUGGUCGAAUAAUGUUAGGCUAUUGCGCCGAUAAAUU